AACGACACAUCCACUGAAAAGAAAAACAAAAAACCUAAAUUUUCAUUGAUGGAAAAUUCUCCGAAGCUAUAUAUUCAAUAGUUGCACGGUGUGUUUAACAGACGAUCGGAAAUAAAAAUACAAACAAAUAGAAAUUCAUAAAAAAUAAAGCAACGAAUUUUGUUACUAAAAACAAUAUGCCGUAAUCAAGCAAACAGGAAUUGUUUGUGCGCGUGUGAUGAGUAGUUGAGAAUAAUCGUUUCGAUGACUGUGUAGAGUGUAAAAAUAAUAUAGUAGUUCUAAAUUGAAGAGCUGAAAGUAAACAAAGGCGUUUGAAAAAUUGUCUAAACAAAUUUAUGUAAUUAUAAAUCAUUAGUUUAGCCAAAUUAUUCAACGGGAAGUGGUAAAUUUCGUUUUGAGAAAAUUCAAAUAGUUGUGAAAAAGUCAAACGAAUAAAGAAUUGCUGCGAAGGUCACUUGCCUAAAAUAGAUAUACGCAAGUGCAUCCCACCUCCGUUGGGUGAAUUGUGCGUGAUUUGUAUAUCUAAAUUAUUACGUGUUGUGAAAAGUUACUAUAAGUACAUAAGCAAAAAAAAUAUAUGAAUAUAAAUAAAAAAAAUUGCAAAUAUAUGUACUAAACAUCUACCAACAACUUAAUUACUGUGUAAAAGUUUAGUGAACGCUAUCAAAGAGUUUACUUCACAACCAAGAAACAAACAUCGCUUUCUUAUAGAGGUACAACAAAGAUCGCUGUUGUGCUCAGGCCAAGCAUAAAAUUACAAGUUCAUGUAAAAGUGCUUAUUUGGCAUUUUUAACGACAUUUAUCAUUUACAUACAUUUACUUGUCCUCACAGUUUUAUAAGCAAUUUUAAAUGCUCACUGCAAAUUUAUUGAAUUCACAAAACAAACUUUGGCGGCUAACCGCUGUUGUUUAUUAGUUGCUAAUAGAAACAAACAAACGCUGGAAAAGUAAUUAAAACAAACAAAUAAAGUGAAUAAAAUAUGCGCGGAAAAAAGUAGAAUGUGACUGCCACCUACGUGCAUAAAUACGGAAGACAGGCAAAAAUACUAGAAUUCAUCAGCGUCUGGCAGCGGCAUUUCAAUCUUACCUUCGCAUCUGUGCGCUGUAUGUGUAUAUAUAUGUGUGUGUGUCUGUGCAACUACGCUAAGCUACCGGCAAUCAGCAGUCAGACUGCGUUGCAAGGAAAUAAAACAAAAAAAAAAAAAAAAAAAACGCACCCACACACACACGCGCUUGCGUCAAAGAAAACUGUAUUGAAAGUGAAAUUGCAAAUUACAAAUCAGCUGGGCACUGUUUGUGUAUUCGCAUUUACUUCGGCGCGUCAUGAUUUCCAUUUCAUUUUAUGUAAAUAAGAAUUGUAAAGAAAGCGAAGAACAACACUUGAACGACAGCAGCCAGCCAGCGAUGAACGACGUAAAAAUUUAAGUACCAAAGACAAAAACUAGUUUUUUUUUUUAAAUUUUUUUUUAAAGAAAAGCAGACAUUACAACGUCGUAUCAAGCAAAAAAUCUAAUAAUAGCACAUAGCACCGGACCCAAGACGCACGCUACAAUUGAGACCAACGCUGGUGGUAGCCCCUACACCAACAACCUCGGCACCAUCUAAGGCGGGGACAUUUCGCAUUGGUGUAAUUUGGCGUAGAAUGCUAUCGAAUUUUCACAAAUUAAUGCGGUGCUCUUCGAGCGUAUUGCAACCAUCAACACCAGUAGGUGGCCGCAAUGCCGGCGGCGGUGUUGUUGGAUAUGUAUCCGAUGCUCAUUUGUCUUUUAACAUCAACAAUGACGACCCAAAUAUUGCCACUUGUUCUGGACGUGGCGAUUGCUUGAAUGGCACUUGCCUGUGCGACAUACGUUAUGCCGGCGAUGAGUGUAGCGGCUUCAAUCUACCAUAUUAUGCCGGCAUAUCGACUGUCUUCUAUUUUGUCGCAUUGGUGUCGGUUAUACAACUCUUCAUUUGUAUUAUUGCCGAGUAUCAACGUUUGAAACAGCCAUCGAUAUUGCGCGCCUGUCGACUGACAACGCAAAAAGUCUUAUAUUUUAUGGUAUUUGUGGCAGCAUCUUUGAGGGGUGCCUUCUUCACGACACCAUUGGAUUUACAACCACAAUGGGCUGUCACACUCAUGUCUGCGUAUUAUCCAAUGUUAAUGACCUGCGCAUCGCUCAUUGUCUGUAUGUGGGCUGAGAUUUUCCAUUUACGUGAUAUCCGUUGGGAGAAGCCACAAUUCCUAUCGAAGAGUUUCCUCGGCUUUGUUGCAUUUAAUUUAUUUCUCUACAGUUUAUUCUUCGUCGAGGUAUUCUCUUCCUUAAUUACCGCCGAUCGUCAAAAUUAUGCACACAUCUUCAACGGUUGCUAUGCCGUACUAAUGCUCAUCGUUGUGGUUUUCUUUUUGAUCUAUGGCGUCGAAGUCUACUUUAAGCUACGCGGUGGCUUUGUUUACGAUCAAACUGGUAAAAUACUUGGACCCAGCGAAGCGAUAGUGAAUGCCUCGCAACUGCAUCAAUCGCGGCUUGGCCUACUCUCGCAGGCGAUUAUGUUAAUUAUUAUUGUGGGUUUCCUUACAUCGGAAACUUUGGGUGAUUUCUGGAAAGCAAAAGUACCAGUUUAUUCACGCAAUUGGCACGAUAUAGUCUUCCGUAUUGUAGAAAUGGGUGUUGCUGUUUGGUUUCCCUGUUGCUUGUGGAAUUCAAUGGCACCCGAACAGCUUUGGAUUUUGAAUCCACGUAAAUUGCUCUCUCGUCAAAUCGACCCAUCGAUACCGACCACGUCGGCUGAUAGUAAAAGUCUCUCGCCCGAGGAGGGUCAAUCGUUUUUGAUGAAAAAAGACUGUUGGAUUUGUUAUGAUAGUGACAAACCCGAACCGCUAAUACAGCCAUGCCGUUGCACAGGCGAUGUGAGCUCUGUACACCAUGAGUGUUUGAAACGUUGGUUGGUAGAGAGUUGUAGCUCUUCGGAUGCGCAGCUGUCGUGCAAAGUUUGUGGCUUCCCGUAUGAAAUUGAGAAGAGUAAAAAACUCGAAUGGGAGAAGGGUUUCAACAUGCAGCACUGGUCGAAAACAAUCAUACUGAUCACAUUGAUGUGCGUUGCCGGCGCCAGCGCUUGGGUGGUCAUCCAACUGUAUGUCGAUCCACUGAUACGUGUACUCACCGUCGGCAUCGCCGUACUCGUUGGCUAUGUGUGUAUCAAAUGUUUGGGUGAAAACACGGUUGUGGCAUACCAACGCGCCAAAGUAAGCUCAAUUAAUAUUGUAACAAAGUCGGAAAUGGAAAAACUGCACACCAUAUGUCAAGAUGUCGGUGAACGGCCCACCACCACAGCUGCAGCAGCAGCCGCCGCAGCGGCGUCGGCAGCAGUCACCGCUUCGUCGCCAUCAACAUCGACAUUGAUUACAACAACAGUGCAAUGAUUAUGACCGUUGAGAGAGGGAAGUGUUAUUGAGUCGGAGCAUGUUUGUUUGUUGGAAGACGAUGAUGAAGAGCAGCAACUGCAAUUGCAACAACAACAACAACAACAACAACAACAAGAACCACAGCUGCAACUAAAUGAGCAGUUGUUGGAAAUUGAACAGGUGUCAGCGGUAGGAGUUACGAGAAUCACACCACCGAAUACAGUUAUAAAUAUAACUAAUAUAACGGAAAAGUGACGAGCUACACAAUUAAAUUGAAGAGCCGCAUAGAAAAAGGGAUAUAAUUUUUUUUUUUUUUUUAAUAAAACACUGUAAUUGUAAAUAACAACUACAAUAACAAUGACGAUCACGAUAACGAUCGACGAUAAUGACUGUAAGUGCGCCUGCGUUUGUUUGUAGGCAAAUAUUAAUUGAAAG